UAAAAUAAAUAACAGCUGCCAAUAAAGCUUGUGGACUGCAAAUUAAUAUUGCAGCGAUGGUAUGAACUUAAAGUCCGGGAAGAACCGAGGAAGACCAAGGGGAAGACGAUGGCGGCGACGAAGAAGAAGAAGAAUGUAAUGAAAGCGGAGUACGAUAAGGAUCCAACAGCUUUAGAACAAAUGUUAGCGAGAUGAAAUCAUUUGGUCUUUGGUUUUCAAAUGCUGGAUUUAAGAGAGAGUAUCUUGUUCGCUCACUUACCUGAGCUGAGUUUAUUUUAAAAUCCCUAAAAGCAAGAAAGCAGCUGACAAGCUGGGGUCAGUUUUCUAUCAAUUUUGCAGUCUUUCUAAUUUUCAGUAUGUGAUGAAUUGAUUCAAAAAUUCUGUCUUUGAUUUGCUUGCUUUACCGUAUUAUUUGUCUUACCAACAAUGUUAAUCCAGCUAUAAUAUUCAAAACUAUUUGAUGGUCUAUGUAUUGCAUUAACUACUAAAUAGUAUAUGAUGUGAUGUGAUUUGAUAUGAAUGAGAUAUGGAGUUGGAACCAGUGAGCAUGGCAAAUGAAGUUAUUGAAUUUGACAUGAUGGGUUUGGGAGAUGAUACCAUGGACAUCCACCAACACCCUAUUCAUGUCAAUGUUGAUGUUGAUGAGCAUGAAGAAGUAGAAGAUGAACAAGGAGAAGAAGAAAAACAACACAUCCAUCCUCUCCGCAAUUUCUACCAUUCCCAAAAUUCUCAUAGUUCCACUGCUGCUCAGCUCUACAUCCCUCAAGGAGACACUAAUCUUGAACCUUAUGAGGGAAUGGAAUUUGAAUCUGAGGAGGCUGCCAAGGCCUUCUAUAAUUCUUAUGCUCGCCGCGUUGGCUUCAGCACCCGUGUCAGUAUGUCUCGCCGUUCUAGGCGUGAUGGUGCCAUUAUUCAGCGUUCUUUUGUUUGUGCCAAAGAGGGAUUUCGCGUUGACAAGGACAAGCCUGCUUGUCCUGAUACCCGUGUCAAACGGCCCCGUGCUGAAACUCGAGUUGGUUGUAAGGCAAUGUUGGUUGUCAAAAUUCGGGAUUCUGGCAGAUGGGCUGUUUCUGCAUUUGUCAAAGAACACAACCAUGAGCUUGUCCCUCCUGACAAGGUGCAUUGCCUCCGCUCUCACCGCCAUGUCUCUGGCUCUGCCAAGUCCUUGAUUGAUACCUUGCAGGGUGCUGGCAUUGGUCCCAGUGGAAUCAUGUCUGCACUUAUCAAAGAAUAUGGGGGAAUCAGCAAUGUUGGCUUCACUGAGCGCGAUUGUAGGAAUUACAUGAGGAGUAGUCGCCAAAGAACCCUCGGAGGUGACACUCAGCUACUUUUGGACUACUUGCGCAACAAGCAUUCUGAGAAUCCUGCAUUUUUCUAUGCUGUACAGGGUGAUGAAGAUCAAUGCAUGAGCAAUAUCUUCUGGGCUGAUCCUAAGGCAAGGACUAACUACACUUACUUUGGGGACACUGUUACCUUUGACACUACUUAUAGGUCAAACCGUUAUCGGUUGCCCUUUGCACCUUUUACUGGAGUAAACCACCAUGGACAGCCUGUAUUGUUUGGGUGUGCACUCCUAAUAAAUGAAUCCGAGGAAUCUUUUAUUUGGCUUUUUAAAACAUGGCUUGUGGCGAUGUCUGGAAGGCCUCCUGUUUCAAUCACUACUGAUCAUGACAGGGUAAUCCGUCUAGCUGUUACCCAAGUCUUUCCUGAAACUCGUCACCGCUUCUGCAAGUGGCAUAUCUUUAACGAAUGCCAAGAGAAAUUGUCCCAUGUACUGUCUGAACAUCCCAGUUUCGAACCAGAGCUCCACAAAUGUGUCAACCUCACAGAGUCAAUUGAAGAGUUUGAAUCCUGUUGGUUGUCUAUGAUUGAUACGUAUCAUCUCAAGGAGCAUGAAUGGCUACAAUCAAUUUAUUCUGAUCGACGACAGUGGGUGCCAGCAUACUUGAGGGACACUUUCUUUGCAGAAAUGUCUAUAACCCAGCGCAGUGAUAGCAUCAAUUCUUACUUUGAUGGAUACAUCAAUGCGUCAACAACCCUACAGUUGUUUGUUAAGCAGUAUGAAAAGGCUCUGGAAAGUCGCUAUGAGAAAGAAGUCAAGGCAGAUUAUGAUACAAUAAACACUGCUCCAGUUCUCAAAACCCCUUCGCCCAUGGAGAAACAAGCAUCUGAGAUGUACACAAAAAAGUUGUUUGUGAAAUUUCAAGAGGAAUUGGUUGAAACAUUAACUUUCCUGGCAACCAAAGUUGAGGAUGAGGAGGCAAUAACCGUAUAUCGAGUUGCAAAGUUUGAGGAAAAUCAUAAUGCUUACUUUGUCAGUUUUAAUGUUCAUGAGAUGAAAGCUACCUGUAGCUGCCAGAUGUUUGAAUUCUCUGGCCUUCUUUGCAGACAUAUAUUGACAGUUUUUAGGGUGAAAAAUGUUCUCACACUACCUUCUCACUAUGUUUUGAAACGGUGGACAAGGAAUGCCAAGAGUGGUGUAAUAUUGGAGGAACAUACCAGCACUUUGCACAUUAGAUCACGAGAAUCUCAUACUGUUAGAUAUGGUAAUCUUCGCCAUGAAGCCCUCAAGUACGUUGAUGAGGGAGUCAAAAGUGUAGAAAUUUACAAUGUUGCUAUGGAAGCUUUACAAGAGGCUGCAAAUAAGGUGGUUCUUGCAAAAAAGAAUAGUGGGGCAGUUGUAAUUACAAAUGGAGCUGGCACAGAAGAUCAUCCCCAUCAACGAAGAUGGGCAAAUAACACCUCUGGAACUCAGAAAUGGAGUUUAAAACCACCUGCAUCUAUGGAUGAUCAGGACAGGAAAAUUCAAAAACUACAGCGUCAACUUGAACGUGCAACGCGGAAGUGUGAAGUGUAUCGGGCAAACUUGCUUUCAGUUUUGAAAGAUAUCGAGGAACAGAAAUUAGAGUUGUCUGUUAAAGUUCAAAAUAUUAAGUUAGGCAUGAAGGAUUAAGAUGCGAAUGGCUUUGUAUGUAUCGUCCCUCUCUUGCAAACUAAUGCUGGGCUCAUUGCAGGUGCUAGGCAGACAAAUGGUGGGAAGUGUAAUUUGUUGAUUGUAAAUAGAGAUAUUGAUUACUCCUUUGUUGUUGUGUGUGUGGACGGGUGCGUGGGGCUUAAGUAGCAUCGUCCUUUGUAGUUAGUGAUAGAAGCAGAUAGUAGAAAUUCACGUUCUCUUUAAUUCUGCUGUUAAACACCAUGAGAAUGGAACUUGUAUUUCCUUAGAUUCAUUAUAUUAUAAAUAUUCUAUUAUUUCCUCUU